AUGAAAUACCCUAACUGGUCUGACAAUAGAUACCCGCAAAUCAAUUUUCAAGAUCUGUGUUAUUACUCUGAGCCUAAUAAGAAACCAACUUUGGAUAGUCUUGAUGUGCCUGCACUUGAGUUACUCGCCUACUUUGAUAGGCUUGGUAUUCCUUUCUUAGAAAACAAAAGGGAUAAUGUAGCAGUAGAUGUUGUUUGUGAUGGUGUUUCCAUUGCAAUGACUCAUAAGAAGAGUUUGGAGGAAAAGUCUGGCGUGAUAUUUUGUGCAUAUCUGAAGUUGUAA